AUGAUGAAACUAAAGAAUCUCUGCAAAAUAUUAUAUUUGUAAAUUUUAGUUUAGAUAUCGUUUUAGAUAGACUGUGUGAUAUAAAACUCUAUACUUAAUGUGCCUUCUACAGGUUGUAAUCUUCCAUCUGCAUAAAAUUAAAUUACUUAGGUAGAUAAGCUCAUUUUAAACGGUUAGUUGAAUAUUAGUAGAUACGCUUAUUUAUAGUAUAAGACUUUGGAAGCCAAUGAUGGAGCAGCUAUGAAUCUGAAAUCGAAUUACGAGCAAAUUAAAAUUGAAGACAUAGGAACAGACACUUGUAGCUUAGAGUUACUUAAACCAGUAACUAUGAGUUUGUCAUCUUAAUCUCAGAACUUUGUUUAUGAUAUCUACUCUAUUUCUAAUAGUAAUUAGCUAACUAUAAGAGAUUUGCCAUUAGGAUUGUUUCAUGGAGUAAAAAUAUUAAUUUCUUCUCUAUCAGGCCUGACAGAAUAUGCUAUAGUUGAUAAGAUACUUGAUCAAGUCGUAUAUCUAUAAAAUCCUCUAUAAAAAAAUCAUUUAAGUUGGUAGGUUGCAGGAAAAUCUCUCUAAACAUAUUAUCCUAAGUUAAUAGUCAUUGAUGAAUAAAGGAUCAUCUUUAAAAACGCAUGCUUAAAAAUAUUUCCUUAAAAGCCUCAAGAUCUUUUAAACAACGCUGGAAUUCUUUUUUAAGACAUGAAAGGUCUUUCUUAUGAGAAUUAAGAUCUAAGUAAUAUUGUAGGGCUUACUCAGUCAAUAUUUUUAAACUCUGAUAACUUCACCAACCAAUUCUUUUAGAUUUAAGGAUAAAUAAGCAAUAUACUAAUAAUUGGAGUUAAUGAACUUACUAUUAAUGAUCAAACAUAGCUUUCAAGUAUAUAAUAUAUUAGUAUGUACAGGAUGAACAAAUCUUCACUUAAUAUUUUUGCUAUACCUGAUAAUCUCAACCCAAUUAUAUUAGAUUCGUGGUAUUUAAAUGACUGCUAAGUUACUUUGUACUUAGAUAACCCCAUUGAUACUUAACAAUUACUAAAUUCAAAUUUAUUAAAUAUUUAAUUGAAAAUCGUUAAGUCCUAUAAUGGUCCUCUAUUAAUACAAAGUAAUAACUUACUUAAUUGUAUUUUGAGCAAAGAUAAAAAUAGAGGAUAUCCCAGUGAUUUAACCAUUUAAGCUAACUAAAUAGCAGGUAAGGAACUAAAUAUGCAAAAUUUUGAUUUCUUAAAUGCAUAUAUCUUAUAAAAUUAUUUUGAUGGUACAAGGUUAAUGUAUGCCAUCCUUUUAUCAUAAUAAGUAAAGUAAGAAGUUAAAUAAGCCAAUAUAGUAAUAGAUAGAAAUAUUUUCUCAAAUUUUGAAUAUUAAGGCUAUGAUCUAAUUACUACAACACUUUAAAGUACUGGCUAUUAGGAACCUGUUUUGUAAUAUAGUGAGUACAUCUAUUAAGUCACUUUAAAAACUAACAUCUUUAACAUUUUACCUAGUAGUUAACAGAAAGUCAUUUUUUUACCCUCUUUAAUUCUUAAUUAUUAAUAUUAUCAGAAUUAUGAUAGAUAUUUCUUAGCUCUCCCUCUUGAUGAUACGAUAUAUCAUAAGACAAAAACCUUGAGAAAAUAUCCUUUAACAAGCAUAAUUUAUCACAAGCCUUUGUUUUUUUUUUGGAAUUUCUUAGGAUAAAUUUCUUUUGAUAUUGGAAAUGCUACUGGAUAUUACAUGGAUAUAAAAACCUAAGAAUUCAAUCAAACUUGGUAAAUAGGUACUACUUAUUACAUACUUGAAGAUACAAUAUAUAAGGCUUACUUUAAAUCAACCCUUGAUAAUUAACUAUCAGCUGCUCCUGAGCAGCUCAAUUUGUAUACAUUUAAUUGGAAAGAAGAUGCUAUUAUCCCACAAAUUAAGAUUUAUUUUAAAUCAUCAACCCCAAUUUAAGCAAUAAAUGUUUAGUUGAAUGGAAACCUAGUAGCUUCUGAUGAUGAAUACGUUUCAAUAGAUCCUAUAGAUGGAUGCUUAAAUGUUUAUCCAAAAAUAUAUGAUAGUUUUAGAAAACCUAUUAAUAUUACAAUAACUAAAUGCCAAGAUGGAUAGGUUUUAUCAAACUAGCAAUGCGUUUCUAACUGUCCAGAUGGAUAGCAUCUACUUAAUUCUGUCUGCUUAGAUGGAAAAUAAAAAGAAGGGUAUUAUUUUUAAAAUAAUUAAUAUUUGCCAUGUUUAGGAGGAGCAAAUAAUAAUUGUAAAGCUUGUUCAACUUCAAAUGACUGUUAAGAAUGUUUUAUUUUAGAAGUUUUAUCGGGUUAGUUAUGCUAUGUUGAAUAGUAUUAACAAUUUUAUUCAAUAAGUGGUUUUCAGAAUUGUUUUCAAAAUUGCUAAUAUUGCUAUGAUCAAUAAAUUUGUAGUGUAUGUGUUGAAGGAUAUGUUUUAAGCUAAGAUCAAAAUUCAUGUAAUCUUUGCCCAUAAGGAAAUUUUAUCAAAGAUAAGGAAUGUAUUUCAUGCCCCUCUAAUUUUAAUUGUGCAGACUGCUUUUCUGAUUAGGCAGGAUCAUGUAGAUCAUGUAAACCUGGGUUUACAUUAGUUAAAGGGUUUUGUUAAUAAACAUGCAUUCAAAGUUAGUAUCUUGAUAAUUUUGGCAUAUGCUAACCUUGUGAUCCAACCUGCUUAGAAUGCUCAGACAGUGGAAAAACUAAUUGUACUAGAUGCUCAAAAGGAAAAAUUUUAAAUGUAUAGCCCUAAUCUCAAACAUGUGAACAAAGCACAUGCACAAACCUUUAAUUUUUAAAUAAUAAUAAUGUAUGUCAAAACUGUUUUGAUUAAACAAAUCAAAAUGGGUGCUUUGAUUCUUAUCCUAACUCUAUUAUUUGUGAUUCUGGUCAUUAUGCUCAAUAAAAUGUAUCUGGAUGCUAAAUGUGUGACAAAAGCUGUAAAACAUGCUAGUACUAAUCCACGAACUGUAUUGAAUGUAAUUAAGAUUACUCAUUUAUUUCUGGGAAUAGUGGUUAGUGUUAAAAGUGCUAAGAUGGUUUCUAUGCCCCUCUAAAUGCGAUAACUUGCCUUAGUUGUAGUAGUCCAUGUAAAACUUGCUCUGGGUCCAGCAAUAACUGCUUAACAUGUUUAGAUGGUUUUUAUUUUGAUAGCAACAGCAGCAAUGGAAAAUGCAUAAAAUGUGAUGUAAAUUGCAUGGAAUGUAUGAAUACAUCAACUUAAUGUACUAAAUGCCCUUAAAAUUCAUACUUAUCAUCAAAUAAAUGUUUGAAUUGUCCAGCAGGUUAAUAUGUUGAUCCCAAGAGCUAAUAAUGCGCUAAUUGUGAUUUUUCUUGCUCUAAAUGCUCAGAAUCUUCAACAAAUUGCACUGAAUGUUAUAGUGGUUAAUUUUUGAGCAAUGGAUAAUGCAUAAAAUGUGAUGUAAAUUGUAAGGAAUGUAUGAAUAUAUCAACUUAAUGUACUAAAUGUCCUUAAAAUUAAUAUUUAUCAUCAAAUAAAUGCUUAAGUGAUUGUCCUACAGGAUAAUAUGCAGAUUCUUAACUAAGAAUAUGUGAAGACUGUGACAAAUCUAAGAGUAAAGAAUGUUUAAAGAUGUAAAAUAUAAAGUUAAGAGAUACAAAAAACGGUUUGGAGUAAGGCGCUUUAGUUGGAAUAGCGCUUGGUUCUUUUGCAUUUUUAACAGCAGUUAUCAUAACUCUACGUUAUUUUUAUAAAAAGAGAAAAUAAAAUUUAGUUAUUUAAAUAGACCCAAAUUUUAAGAAUAAUUUAGUUUAUAGUAAUACCUAAAUUAAUACACAGAGAGAUAUUGAAACAAAAAAUUAGGAAGAAGCAAAAGAAUAGACAGACUUUAAAGUAAUAAAUUGA